CGGCGGGGCCUCAUGCCCUGACCCCCUCCAAUGUCACCCCCGACCCCCCGUGUCUCCGCGCAGCCCAGAAGUUGGAUGCGGAGGAAACAGCCGGGCAGGUUCCACAGGCCCUUUAAAAAGCCCACUUAAAAGUUGUCGCUCGCGCCGGGGCGACGGACGCCGCCGGGUGGGCGACCCCGGGACACGUGCGCGGCGCCCCCACCCCCACCCCACCCCGCCCCCGGCCCGCC